UAUUUGGUAGCUACAUCUGAGUUAAGGCCACUGGCUCGCUCUUGUCAUGAACCCAGACAAGAAAUAUGUGAGUCUACAUAGCGCUGAAAUUCAUAUAUAUUAGUUGAAAUGCCGAUUUUAUCAGCCUCAAUCGCAAUAUCAAUUCUCGGAUUCGAGUAUUUGUGACAGAUUUGCUGAAGAAAGGGAUGUCUUCAGCGAGUGGAGCUAAAUAAACAUGACGUUGACGCUAAGCACAAGUGUGGAGCGGACCGGAUAUUAGUGUUAUUCCGCGAUAAGUCUGGUGGGAUCUGGUAGCCUCGCGAGAUCGAAACCUCGAAAGAACACCAACAGCGAGUAUAUUAUCUCACCUACAAAGCGGUGCCAGAAGCACGAAUCUACACAUAUGUUGUCUGUAUAAUACGAUCAUUCCAUGUACCUAUAAUCAAAUUUGCCAAAGGACGAGUAGCUGUCAACUUCACAGCCUCGCAGCAUCCGAGGUCUACGAUUCACCUCGACAUUCACAUUCAAAUCAACGCCUUGAGAGUCUGAUCGUCCACCUCGAUGAUAUACCGACUGAUGUAUAUCCGCCAUGGAGCAAAUGUUUGCAGAAACUCCUAAACCCGCGGAAAUGUCCUCAGCCGAUAGACCACAAGCUCUCGACUCCUCUCAACUUCCCGAAUGCGCUCCUGCAAGAAGCCAAGCAGAAAUGGAAGAACAUCUGGGUUUCCGUCAGAGUGAGGGAGUACAUAAAACACCUACGGAACCCCUCACUCAUGCGAGAAACCAACCAGAAGCGGAAGAAUAUAUGGGUUGCCUUCAGACCGAGGGAGUCCAUAAAACACCUACGGAGCUACUCGACGCCUCUCAACUACCCGAAUGCGCGCCUGUGCAAAACCAAGCAGAACCGGAAGAAUAUAUGGGUUACCUUCAAACCAAGGGAGCACAUGAAGCACCUACAGAGUUUCCUGACAUAAAAAUGGAGUCACCUCAGGAUGCAGCGAGCCCCCCACGCCGUCAACAACAGUCAUUUCUGAACGGCGAGUUCCCUGCCCAAACACAACAGGCGCGGCUGUUCAACGACCCAAGACGACACAAAUUGUUUGGAGAGUACAAUGAAGUUAUACGUCAGAAUCCGGAUUCACACCUCGCGCGGCUGGGGGAACUGGCACACUAUGUGUUUGAUAAUGGCAGGCCUGCUCGUGUAUGGACUGCUGGUGGAGUGGGAUCAGCACAAGUCGGCCUGGAUCCUUCCAAGACUUCAAUACACGGGAGAUGCAGCUGCACGUAUGACGAGGCGGACAUCCUUCUGCUCACGGAGUCAGAGCACGCAGCAUGGUCACGGGCUAAUAACCCACCCAAGCUCGUGGUAAUUCGGGAUCCGGAAUUUUCCCGACGUCGGCCUGCGAAAUCUACGGAAUCAUGGCUGAGAGAGCAAGAAAAGCGGACAAACAAAAAAUGGGUUGAUGUUCAGCGCUUGAAUCGGCAGUGUAAUGAUGGCGCCGCUGAAAACAUACCUCUGCAAGAUGCCAUCCAACAAUGGCGCACUUCACAGACCAGUGAUGUUAUAUCCCUCGAAACGCCGCCGAUGAACCUCUUGAAUAUUUCGGACAAAACCGUGGGGCAUUGGCCUGAAGGGCUUGCCAAAGAUUACCAGCUACUCUUCGAAGCCAUAGAUGAGUGCGAGAGCAUGAUAUACAGGUCACUGGAUGAGCGUUUAGUUCCGCUUUCUGAACAGGACCGUGGAGUAGGGAAGACCACACUGAUGUUGUUUUCGCACAGUGACAUCCAAAAGUGCACUCAGUUCCGAAUCCUCGCACACAGGGGAGCUUGCUCUUCCUGGCAUAUCGAUAAUGCUGGAGUCUAUACCUUCAUCGUUCUCGAAAGCAACAUUGACAGCCCGGACGAGGAACCUGAAGAUGUUGUCAAGUACUGGCCAGUCUACCCGACGCACCACAUGAACGCUCAAGAUGAGGACGCAGCUCGAGUGGCAUUUUCAAAGGAAGGAAUUAACUGGAGGCCCAAACCUGAUGGCAAGAUUCCUGUUAUUGCUCUUACCCGAGGCGACAUGUUGAUACAGCCUCCCGGGACGAUACAUGCACCGAUCACAUUGACAAACUGCUUCUUUCUUGGCGGCAUGGCAUGGCGCAAGAAUACCUUGCCACAAACACUAAAUGUUUGGCAUUAUCUCAUGAAGAAUGAGAUAUGCACAAACGAGCCGCUCCCCAGACAAAGCCAAGCUAUUCUGGACUUCAUCAAGGUAGCCGUCCAUGAUGCGCCCGAAGAGCACGGCUAUCGACAAAAUCAACUGGGCGAAUUCGAUAAGAUAUGCGACGAGAUUUCCGGCAUGGUUUCACGAUGUGGCUGCUCGAAAGCAUGUUCGCUGAGCACCAAAUGCUCGUGCCUCAUGCAAGGGCUCAAGUGCGGCAUCCGCUGCCACAAAGGCAGCACCCUUCAUCAUACAACUUGUACCACGGUGAAUAUGUUAUCACCUGCGUCAUUGUCGGGAGGGAGGAAAUAUACAAAGAGAACCCGUUUAAAAGACGAUGAAGACUCGGAUUAUACGUCAAAUGGCACUCCGGUUUCAAAAACCAAAAGAAAGAAGAGAGAAAUUGAGGCACUCCAAGCGAAUGCACCGAGUGCUACGCUAGAUGCGAUAACAUUGCUGCCGCACGAGCAGUUGAAUAACUCUCCAAUGGUAGCAGGUUCGGAUUACACGCCAAAUGGCACCCCAUCUGGAAAACCCAAAAGAAAGCCUACAGUUAAAGCACCAAAAUCGAAAGCAUCAAAAGCGAAAUCACUCGAGGGUACAGCGCUACUACCGGAUGCGACUGCGAAUAACUCUCCAGGAGUAACAGACUCGGUUGAGGCGAAGCGUCCCGAGAUCUGCGUUGGGUCGUCUACUGGUGGCAUCUGUGAAUAUGAUGAUCAGGUUCGUAGCAACUGCUUAGUCUGCAAGCAUUGUACCACCAUCGUAGAACUAGGUGGCGAGGCUAUCCGACAUACGCGUCCAAGGGCUCAUACGAAAGCUGAUGUGGGCAAUGAAAUCGACUCCACGAGGUCCCCUGGCACUGAGGAAGCAGUGUCACAGAAAAGGAAAUGUCACGAGUGCCUGAGGUCUACCAUCACCGUGGAUAGAAGGGGACCCGAUGGUCCGAAUACCUUGUGCGCAAGUUGUCAGAAGAAAUUGACCAAAGCAAAUCGUGAAAAAGAAGCUAAUACGGAAGCUGUAACAUCGGCCACAUUAUUGCCUAGCAUCGAGAAAGGAGAAUUACAUAAAAAGAGAUGUGACAUUUGCAACAGGGAUGACAUUCUUGUGGACAGGAGGGGGCCGAAUGGUCCGGGCACCUUGUGCACAGGUUGCGGGAAAAAGUAUUCGAAAGAAAAUCCCAAAAAGGGAGCUAAUAAGAAAGAUCGUUCCCAAGCCGUGGUUGAUACUUUCGACCAAACUAAAGCCACCCACGACGAUACUCUGAGCGCUAACCGGGAUACUUUGCUCAACUCUAGCAAGAGUAAAACACCCGAGGCGCCGAGGAUGCGAUCCUAUACCCCGAGAGAAGACUACUGCCAAUCGUGCGAAGAGAACGUCGUGUCAUCUAGAUGGUACAACACCGAGGCCAAUGGAACCAAGGGGAAAAAGUGCGGGAGAUGCUAUAGCAAUGAGUAUCAUAGGUCCCAAAAAGAAAGGAGGGCAAGCCUUGCUGCCAACGAAACCGCAUCGCCAUCACCUGCAAAGGAAAAUGAAGCAAGUAACCGCACAAACAUCAAACUUCGCUUUUCACCCUCUGCUUACUCUGCUGCCAAAGAACAUAAUGCAGAUAAGAUGGACACAGGCGCGUCUCAACAAGAUCCACCGGUCCAGUUUCAAAGAGGCAUUCUACCACCUUUGUUUGACGCCCCGCCUGGCCUCCCUCAAGAGAACACCAUCAUACAUGCCCACAAUACCUAUCUAUCGAUAACUGUGGAGCUACCAGUCAUCAGCAAACAGCAACAGUUGGCACAGCACGAGCCGGCCGCCGCCUAUCCCUUACAAUAUGCCGAUCCACAGGUCCUUGUUGAUCUCCAAAGCUAUAAAUCACACGAGGCGACACCAGAACCUUCAGUAGAGCACAAACCGAAGGCUAAUGGCUUCAUGAUCUCGAAACCUAAACCCCAAACAUUCCCCGCCUUCGCCCAAGACGAUGCGGCCUUCUCCAAUUCACUCAACCUCAACACCGGACCCGAGGCAGUCGCUGACCUGCCCGUCACAAACGGAUCUACCACCACCGAGUCGUCAUCAGAGCACUCUAAUUCACAUUCACACACCUCCUCCCCUCUAACUGCGCUUGACGAUGGAUUCUCUGACCGUGAGAACGUGGAUCUCCUCAUACCUCGUGAGGCGCAAUGAUGGAAUGGGACUAUAAUUUCCUUCUGGGCGGCUAGUUGUGUGCUUACUUUUUUUGCGGAUACCCUCUACGAUCGAUGAGUCUAUUGUAUUUUGGAGUUUAUGGGUGCUUGGAAAUGGGAAGGUGGGAUGUAGAUGGGAUAAUGACAUUACUAGGCGUUGGCAAAACGGAUGAAUAAACCACUAUAAUGUGUUAGAUUCGGCGUAUAGCUAGCUAGGAGAUUUGGAACUGGUCGACUUCGCUUUAUUGUUGCAACUGUUUUUGCAUGGGCUUUCGUUGGUAGGAAUAUGGUUGAUUGGCAUACAUUACUUCUUCCCAAAUGGCACGCUCAUAAUAAAACUUCAAAACAUUGAUG